AUGAGCAUCUUUGAGAUCGCAAGAAAUUUAAAAACCACUAUCGCGCUGUGGUUACUGUGGCGGCGGAUCUUCGUAUUUAAACCGAUACAUAUGAUGUUUCCUGGAGCAGUCGCCAAUACGGAACUGCAACAAGCUGCUGCAGACAAAGUAAAAAACGAUGUUGGAACAUUUGUUUUGUUUGGAUUGUUGAUUGAAGCAGUUGCCUUCACAGCUUCUUACUUCGGAAUCGAAGGAGUUUUGCUUUAG